AUGCAACAAGAUCAUGUGCCUCGAAUUAUACAACCUGCUGCUCCUGACGAUUUUCAUUACAUUUGUAUUGACUUAACAGAUCUACGAAGAAAUGGUGUUUUGCAUGGUGACGAAGACGGAUAUAAUUUAGUCCGCGACGAUAUGAAUCAUUCAGAUAUUAAAAAUAAUAGAUGGAACCAGUCUGGAUCAUUGACCACUGAUUCUGGUACUUAUCUUACUUUCUCUGAUCGAAGUAGAGCGGUAGAUCAGUCUAGUGGUAUUUUCGUCCAGUCUACUCGCUGGCCAGCCAAUCGCUCUAGACCGCAAAGUGAUAGAUUAGUGGGACUACAUCCUGCAUCAGUCCAUAACUUUGAUUACUACCGUACUGGAUUGGAUCGGUCCGUCACUGGUACAAAUUAUAACCAUUUCAAACACAAACAACAGCCUACUAUUCAUAACGAAAAAAAAUAUUUUGAUGAAAAAAUGAUUGGUAAACGAAUUCAACAUAAAGCACGUCCUUCUAAUCAUCAACCAUUAAGAUACAAUCGUUCUAUCGAUCACAAUAUAUCAUAUUCAUCCUCGAAUUAUGCUAUUUCUCACUCGAAUAAGCAUAAGAAGAAUAACUCAAAACAAGUUCGCCGUAAAUUUGAAUGAAAGCAAAAAAAUAUGCAGUAAUAAUAAUCAAUAAGUUUUAUUUAUCUUAGUAUCAAUUUUAAUAAGUAGAAUUUUCAGUUGUUGAUGCUAGUAAAAUUCCUAUUUCUCAAGUUAUUCUAAUUAAUAUUAACUUCAUAUAUUAACAGUUAAACAAACUUGAACUUCACUUUAUAUUGAUAUUUACUAUUAUUUGGUUAUGAUUGGUGGUUCAAAUGAAUUGAUGUUCCUUUUCAUGAUGAUAUAUUUAAGAAAUAGAUUAAGUACUGAAGAUGACCGAUUUAACUAGCGUUAACAACUGAAAAUGGUCGAAAAUUCUACUCAUUAUAAUUGAUAUUAAAAUAAAAAAAACUUAUUGAUUAUUAUUACUACAUCUUCUUUUGUUAUGCUGUGAAUGAUUUCUUAGUUUAUAAAAUCUUGAAGUUAAGUUUUCUUUUACUUGACUUGUCAUCUGAUCAUAAUAAAGUAAAUCUCUUUCGAGUAGUAAAUACAAAAUAAAUGUGAUGCUGAAUGAGAACAUAAUAUUUCUUACGUCGGC